CUCUUCUCAUAGGAUUCGGGAUUCAUGAAGCUAAAUAGCCCUUUGCCACAAACAUUACCCAAGGAAUGCGACAAGGCCGCAAAGAUCUUCAAGUCGUUCGUCGAUAGCGGAAAUAACGGGUUGGAUGGGGUCAUUCCGCGCACCGUGCUCGAGAAUGCGCGUGGGUUCGCGAUUUUCAGUGUUUUCAAAGCCGGCUUUCUGUUCUCAGCCAGGGCAGGGAGCGGUGUUGUGAUAGCAAGACUCGAUGACGGCACUUGGUCUGCGCCAAGUGCGAUCGGACUGGCAGGCGUUGGUGUGGGCGGCCAGGCAGGCGCAGAGAUGACAGAUUUCCUCAUUGUCUUGAACUCGAGAUCACAUAUCAGAUCGUUUAUGGCAGCAGGAUCUCUUACUCUUGGCGGCAAUAUGAGCUUGGCUGUGGGACCGUUAGGCCGUAAUGGAGAAGCAUCGGGCGCCCUCAAUACCAGCGGCAAAGUAGCGGCAAUGUACAGCUACUCGAAGACGCGCGGGUUAUUUGGCGGCGUGUCUGUGGAGGGCUCUGUCAUCGUCGAGCGUCAGGACGCAAAUGCUCAGGCGUACAAAUCUGACGUGUCUGUCAAAGUCCUGCUGAGCGGGUCCGUAGACCCGCCCGAGUUUGCCAUGGGGCUCAUUCAUACACUAGAUGCUUGUACAGGCAUGCCGGGAAAUCGCCAUUGGGUGAAGGAUGAUCACAGCGCGCCGGGAACGCCGAUAGAUGGCGGGUAUGCAUUCGGUGGGAUUGCCAGCUCGGGCACGGAAGGGCCUGCGUCCCUUAAAAAGAGUAGGAAGAACAGCAAUGCGUUUCCUCCGGCGUCGUGGGGUAGGAAGAAGAGCUCGGGCAGUUAUUUCAACACAGAUGCGCCGACACAAGGCAACACGAUCACUGGUUCUGACCGUUCUUCGGUGUCUGGGGCUGGGAGACCGUCUUGGGACGACGCACCACGCGCCGACAGCACGCAGAACUUUGGGACCCGCUUCGAAUCCGAUUUUGUACCGGACGCACCGAAUAGCACACCACGUCCUCAACUUGGAUCUACUCUCUCACCUAAUUCACCUAUGUUGGGGAGAGGGAGCCUCAGCCACACAUCGUCGAAGAACACCUCGCUCGACCUGUCUAGGUUCAAUCCGAAGCCAAUCAUGCACAGCAGAUCUGCCAGCGCCGCAGCGUAUCCAUCAUACGACAGCUAUGACAGUAAUCCGUUUGCGCCGUCGAUUGACGAAGACGAGGGCGAUCUGUACGGGUCUUCGACGGACAAGGGGCAUAAGCCAUCACUGCGGAUUGCGGCGAAGGCUGAGUUGACGAGGCCGCUUCAUCCUGGCGAGGGUGUGGCGAGGGCCAUUGCGUUGUUCGAUUUCAAGGGGCAACAGGGCGGCGACUUGUCAUUCAAUAAGGGAGACGUCAUCACGAUCACGGAAAAGAGUGAUACGACGGAUACAUGGUGGAAGGGGAAAGCCGGCGGCCGAGUUGGAAUAUUCCCCGCAAACUUCGUAGAGGUUGUGUGAUCAAGGUCGACUCGGAAAGUGCUCUUGAUUUUCGGCCGUCCUUGGAAUGUUGUACCUAUACUUGUGUAUCCUUGCCAUUCUGUCUCCAUACUGUGUAAAGUGAUGUAUGUACGACUUCUCAACC